AUGAACUCCUUUUCCUCUCUUCUUCAAGAUAUCAAGAACCUAGAAUCCUCAUUAACCGAAAACUCCUUAUCCCUUCGAUGGUGUUCAGAAGCCACAAAUCUCCUCAGGAAGAUGCACUUUCAGUUUCUUGAUAUAUUUCAGGAGUCUGAGGAACCCGUGUUCUGGGAUGGGGGGAACUAUAUGGAUGAGUACAUGGAAGAUUCUUUACAUAUCCUGGAUUUUUGUAACGUUCUGCGAUCAGCCAUUUCUACGAUGGACAGGUACCGUUUAAUAGUUGAUGUUGCUGUUAAAAGAUUUUCUGAUGAAGGGUAUUCAGGUUCUGCCAUGAUUAUGACUGAAAUUGAGAAAUUAGAAAGAGAAUGGCUGAAGCUAUAUGGUAUUGAGAACUGGAAAAAUGUGAAUCUAUGCAAGGCAGGAAGACCGAAAACAAAGACCAAGGAUAAUAGAUUAUGUGCAGCAAAUGUUGUACGAAGAACCAUGAAUACUGUCUGUUUGCUCUUGUUUUGUGCAAUAUUCUAUCCAGUUUCAAUAGAACUGGAUGAGGAGGUUUAUAGAGAUUUUCCUCAACUAAAGCUAUUCUCAUCUUCACUGAGGAAGCUUGUUUGUUGCUUCUUCGAGGAGCGACAAGGUGUCAAGGAUAACUCAAGGCCAGUUCUAGUCGAGACUAAAAUGGUAGAGGGCGCAGUUGAGGAAUUUAAAGUUCAGAUUCUGAAUGGUGGCGUGCCUCUGAAUAAAGAGAAGUUGAAAAAAACCAUUGAUUCACUGCAGAAUAGUUCCCUGGCUAUGAAGGAAGGCCUUGGAAUGCUUGAUUCUGUUGUUAAUGAGCUGUUUCAAGAGGUAGUGAAAGGAAGGAAUAUGAUUCUAGGUUUAGUUGCUUCAAGCUAG